AUGUCAACCAACAACGGCUUCGUCCUCUAUCACUAUGAACCCUCUCUGCUAGCAGCAAUUGUCUUUUCAGUCUUGUUCAACAUCACUACACUGGCACAUCUGUACCAGCGUGUCAAAUUCGGAUCGAAGUAUAUGAACCCAUUCAUCGUGGGUGGCUUGUUCCAAGUCAUCGGCUACGGAUGCCGAGCAGCAUCGCACUUCUUUGAGAACUCCACUACGCUCUAUGCAAUCCAGUCACUUCUGGUCUUGCUGGCACCAACGCUAUACGCAGCAUCAAUCUACAUGAUCCUCGGCCGGACGAUCCAAUUCCUCCACGCAGAGCGACUGAGUCCGGUCCCUGUAAGAUGGAUGACCAAGACGUUUGUUGCAGGGGAUAUCCUCUCGUUUAUCCUGCAGGGAGCUGGCGGGGGAGUCAUGUCCGCCGGCUCUGCAAACUCCCAAGACAUCGGCACGUAUAUCAUCGUCGCCGGUCUUGGUGUUCAGCUUCUCUUCUUUGGUGUGUUUGUCAUCGUCGCUUUUCUCUUCCACUUUCGAUUCUCCAGCUCGGAGAAUGCAGGUUCUGCUGCGAGCACCUCUGGGAAAGUGCCUUGGGCGAGGAGCUGGAAGGGUCUGCUCUGGGUGCUGUACCUGGUCAGCGGGCUCAUUCUGAUCAGGAGUACGUUUCGGAUGGUAGAGUUUGCGCAGGGAUUCAAUGGAUAUCUGAUCAGCCAUGAAAUCUUCAUGUAUGUUCUUGACACGGCGCUGAUGUUUGUUUUGAUGGUUGUGAUGAAUGUGGUUCAUCCUUCUAGUGUUCUGGGUAGGGCGAAAGGUGAGGUGGUGGAAUGCGAGACGCUAGAGGCGUAA